AUGUGGUACAGCAAGCAUAUCAGCAUAAUAAAAAUACCAGCUAUAUAUCACAAGAUAGUAGCAGUCGAGAGCAUCUUGAUGGGAAAACUGAACGAUCUAAAUUUGAGAAAAAACUUCGUUCUGUUGAAAAAUAUUCAACAGAAUAUAACUGGUCACAAAUCCUUCAAUCCAGGUCCAACUGAAAUGCCGAAGUUCAAAGCGAUGAAAGUUAAGAAAUUGCUAAAUGAAGUAGAUAUCACUGAACUUGUCAACGAACAGGUCAAGGCACACACACAUGUUACGAACUAUGUCAAAUCCCCCAUGAAUUUCAGUGAUGUAUUUAUGCGAAACUUCAAUUGCGAGAAAACAUUCCAUGGUCUCAACAUCUCUGAACUCCUGAAUAAUAUAACAAAUCUUGAAAUAUUGAAUGAUUUCUCUAACAACUACAAGAGACUCUUGGAUAUGUCUAGUGCAAUAAAUCAAUCAUUGGAUGAACAAGCAUUCUACUUGAAUUAUUUCAAGACCGUACCAUUUGGAACAAAUGCGAAUGAAGUAUUCUCCGCAAAAUGUGAUCAACAUGGCAGUCGUUUAUUGACCUUCACUAAUGAGAAUGGUUCAGCAAUCGUCAACUUCUUCGAUUGGAAUGAAACAGAAACUUUUUUCGUUGAAACGGCAGUUGGUUCUAUACACGAAGUUUUGAAACUAAACAAGUUCUUUCUUCACAAAAUGGGUAUUCUUCAGCAACUCAGUGAGGAUGACUAUGAUAGGAGAAUUGAAUUUUGUGAAAUAAUGACUGCGAGAAUUCAAAAUGACCCGAAUUCAACGAAAAAUAUUUGGUUCAGAUACACCAUGAACCUCGGAACAUAUCCAAAUCACAUAAAAUAUGUGACUUUUGAUGAAUAUGACUACAUUUACGUUGAACAUCAAGAAAAACGAGUCGAUAUUGGGGACGGAUAUUCAGAUCAAACAUAUGCUGGGGAACUCAUCCAUUUCUCCCAAAAUACAACAUUCAGGCAUCACAGUUUCCUCACGAAAGGUACUUUAUUCAUCACAUCGUUCAGCGUCAACAUUCUACAGAAGUACUGUUUGUUAUUCAUUGAUUUCAAUCAUGAUAUCAACAUACUCUGCAAGAGCAGUGAGGAGGAAUUUUACCUGCAUCAGACUAUCGACAGUGAAAAAGCAGUGAUGGACCAAAAGAAAAUCUCAAAAGAAGACAUGAUGAAAUGUUGAAUGACUCUCAAUGUUGGAGUGGUGAGUAUGAUUUAGAAUGCCAACUUGUGCAGAAUGCAUUCCACAAAACAAGGUGAAUAAAAAGCUCUAGAAAUAUAAUACUGAGAGGAAUGGUGCUAUAACUUUUAUUUGCUCCUGAAAUCAUCAUCUGAA